UCAGUUCAUUUACCUAUACGUCUGAACACACACGCAUCGUGGUGUGUCUCCCUUGAAGCGAUAAUUGAUUAAAUUAAAUAUUAAAUCGUAGUCGGUAUCGCUACUAAGAUUAGAAAAAUAUUAUUUACGGGUUCAAACAUGUUUCUCAAAGUGAAUCAGGCCAUCGCCCAAGGAGUUCGCCGUUAUUCGACGAAAAGACACGAUGUGGUCAUUGUGGCCGCAACCCGAACCCCUAUCGGAAGUUUCCAGAGCUCUCUGUCGUCUCUGACGGCCACCCAGUUGGGAGCUGUUGCCGUGCAGGGUGCUGUCAAGCAGGCAGGCAUCGCUGGCAGUGAUGUUCAGGAGGUGUAUAUCGGUAAUGUGAACGCUGCCGGCCUGGGACAGGCACCGGCCAGACAGGCCGUGAUUUUUGCCGGUUUGCCGAAGAGCACCAUCUGCACCACCGUCAACAAGGUGUGCUCAUCGGGAAUGAAGAGCGUUAUGCUGGGAGCUCAGACCUUGAUGUUGGGUCAACAGGAAGUCGUGCUGGCCGGAGGAAUGGAAUCGAUGUCCAAUGUACCGUACUACUUGAAGCGUGGUGCCACUCCAUACGGAGGGGUACAACUCACUGAUGGUAUCGUAUUCGACGGGCUGACGGAUGUGUACAACAAGUUCCACAUGGGUAACUGUGCUGAGAAUACGGCCAAGAAAAUGGGCAUCACUCGUCAGGAUCAGGAUGAGUUUGCCGUAAACAGUUACAAGCGCAGUGCUGCGGCUUGGGCUGAUAAGGCCUUCGACGCUGAAAUCACUCCAGUGACGAUUCCAGGUAAACGCGGCAAACCGGAUGUUGUCGUGAAGGAAGACGAAGAAUACAAGCGAGUCAAUUUCGAUAAAUUCGGUCAACUGGCGACCGUGUUCCAGCGCGAAAAUGGUACAGUUACGGCAGGAAAUGCUUCCACUCUCAACGAUGGAGCAUCGGCACUGAUUCUAAUGACUGCAGAAGCCGCUGAAAAGUUCAAGUGCAAACCACUGGCCCGCAUUGUUGGAUUCGCCGAUGCUGAGACGGACCCGAUUGAUUUCCCAAUUGCUCCGGCUCUGGCUGUUCCAAAGCUACUUCAGCAGACCGGAGUUCGCAAGGAAGACGUUGCCAUGUGGGAAAUUAACGAGGCCUUCUCGGUGGUCGUUGUUGCCAACCAGCGCAAACUGGACAUAGAUCCGGCAAAGAUCAACGUACAUGGCGGUGCCGUUUCUCUGGGCCAUCCAAUUGGAAUGUCCGGUGCUCGCUUGGUGACUCAUUUGGCACAUUCACUGAAGACUGGACAAAUCGGAUGUGCCUCCAUUUGCAACGGUGGAGGUGGUGCCUCGUCUAUCCUGAUCGAAAAACUAGCAAAUCCUUCCCCGGAAGAUUCGAAUACGGGGCGACCCACGCCGACAUUAACGCUUUACACCCACGACCAUUGCUCGUUGUGCGAUGAUUUGGUGGAGGAACUGGAGGCAAAGUUCAAUGGACGUUAUCGGCUUGAAAAAGUGGACAUUUCAAAAAAGGAGAACAUCAAAUUUUUGCGACUGUAUCGGUACGACAUUCCAGUGCUGUUCCUCAAUGGACAGUUUUUGUGUAUGCACAGAUUGAAUAGCAAUUUAUUAGAACAUAAGUUAGCUGAAUCAGAAAACAAAUAAAAUGUAAGAUUCCCAUGUAAAA